AUGGAAUCUCAGCUGCGUGAAAUAACCUCACUUCUAGAAUUGGAAUCAGACGAGAGAACCAUCAUGUUAGGGAUUUGGGGAAUGAGUGGAGUAGGAAAAACAACACUUGCCCGAGCUGUACAUAAUUCGAUUUCAGACCAGUUUGAAGGUUUGUGUUUUCUUGCUGAUGUUAGACAGAAAUCACAUGACCUUGGCAUAGUGACGUUGCAGGAGACACUACUUUGCGAAAUCGUUGAGGAGAAGGACAACAAGUUUGCUGAUGUAAGUGAAAUAAUUCCAUUACUAAGACAAAGGUUCCACCGAAAGAAGAUUCUUUUGAUUCUUGACGAUGUUAGCGAACCGGAGCAGUUAAAGUCAUUAGCUGGAGGAUGUGAUUGGUUUGGUUCUGGCAGCAGAGUCAUUAUAACAACAAGGGAUCGGCGUUUGCUUUUAGACCAUGGCGUUGAUAGAGAAUAUGCACUCGACCCAUUAGAUGAAGAAGAAGCUCUUGAGUUGUUUUGUUGGAAGGCCUUUGAAAAUAAAGAACCUGAUCCAGUUUACAUGAACCUAUCUAAACAAGUAGUACGCUAUUCCAAUGGAAUUCCGUUGGUUUUGGAAUUAAUUGGCUCUUACUUGUUUGAUAAGCUAAUAGUUAAAUGGAAAUCUGUGUUGAAAACACACCGCAGAUUUUCUACAAUAGCGAACGGUUUGAAUGACAUGAUUUUCUGGAUCCUGAAGAUCUGCUACGAUAGUUUGGAUGAAGAUGUGAAAACAAUUUUCCUUGACAUUGCAUGUUGCUUCCAUGGUUACGAACUGGACCAUGUUACUUAUUUGCUCCUGAAUGGUCGUGGUUUCCAUCCAGGAUAUGGUUUGCAAGUGUUGAUUUCAAAAUCUUUCGUAAAGAUCGAUGGUGGUCUGGUAAAAGUGCAUGACUUGAUAAAAGACCUGGCUAUCAAAAUUUUUUAUCAGGAAUCACCUUCAGAUCCUGGUAAACGUAGUAGAUUAUGGUACUAUAAAGACGUUCUUAAGGUUUUGCGACAACGUACGGGAACUUCUUGCGUUGAAGUCUUGAAGAUUGACUUGCCUAAAGGCGAAGAAGUGCAUUGGGAUGGAACUGGUUUCAAGAAGAUGACAAACCUCAAAAUUCUUGAAAUUAGAAACGCGCGCUUUUCUGAAAUCCCGAAGAUUUUCCCAAAUAAUCUGAAGGUGCUGAUCUGGAAAGGAUGCUUCAACUGA